CGGUCUCUCUCUCUCUCUUUCUCUCUCCAUUUCACACGCUCCUCUCCUCUCACAGUCUCGCCCGCCCGCCCGCCCUCCUCGAUCUAAGUCUCACACCAUAGAUUAGAUAGCAGAGAGAGAGAGAGAGACGACGACGACGACGAUGGAUCCGUUUUGGAUUUGAUUCGCCCGCCGCCUUCCUUCAUUCAACCCCAAGAAUAUCCUCAGGAUCCGCUGCGAAUCAAGCUGCAUUGUGCGCGCCUGGCCUGCUGCGAUGGAGGGGAAGAUGGCAUUUUGCUCGGUAUUGUCUUUGUUUUGGUGGGGUUCUUUAUUUGUCAUGCUAAGAGACGGGACAUAAGUGAUGAUUACUAAGAUAAUUGUGUGGGAGGUUUUCCGGGAGAUGGAAUAUUAUCCGUGAGAGAAUUCGCAUUAUUCCAAUCUCAAGAAGGGGAAGAGAGUGGGAAAAAAAAUGGUGUUUGGUAAAAUCGCAGGUAUUUUCUCAGCAUUUAGGGGCAGUUUUUGGAGCCCGAAUGCCUCUUCUGCUCGGUACAUGCCGACUUCUGUAGUGUCACCGCAGGCAGGUUCAGCUGUCUAUGCAUCUGGUUUCUCCAACUCUGGGCAAAAGAACAAUUUACGGCUCUCCUCAUCUUUACAAGAUUUGUCGACGUACCAUGGCCUUUUUUCAGAGGAUGGUGAUCUCAAUGGAAUACAUUCGAAGCCUCCCCAUCCCUUGCUCAGAGAGAAUGCCGUGUCUAGCUUCUCUAAGGAAAAAUCCUUAACAGGGGGUGUCCCGAUUUCGCGGAGGAAGUGGACACGGGCGAUCUUGUUUCUCUUAUGCCUGAUGUUGUUUGCCUUGUUUAUAUACGCGGUUUCCAUGUAUAUAUACACCAACUGGUCCAGGGAAGCUUCAAAAUUUUAUGUCGUACUGGACUGCGGGAGCACAGGAACUAGAGCAUAUGUAUAUCAGGCAUCCCUUAGUUACAAAAGGGAUGGGAGCCUUCCUAUAGUUCUCAAGUCUUUUAAUGAAGGGAUCCGCAAGAAACCCAAGUCCCAGAUUGGACGUGCCUAUGACCGAAUGGAAACAGAACCUGGGUUUGAUAAGUUGGUGCAUAAUUUUUCCGGAUUGAAAGAUGCAAUUAACCCACUCAUUCAGUGGGCAGAGAAGCAAAUUCCUCAGCACUCACACAAGUCUACUUCUCUCUUCCUGUACGCAACAGCCGGAGUCCGCAGGCUACCUCCUAUUGAUUCUAAAUGGCUUCUCGACAAAGCUUGGACUAUAUUGAGGAGAUCACCUUUUUUGUGUGAGCGAAAAUGGGUAAAGAUUAUAUCUGGCACUGAGGAGGCUUAUUACGGGUGGGCAGCUCUAAAUUACCACACUGGUAUGUUGGGAGGUAUGCCAAAGAAGGAGACAUUUGGUGCCCUUGAUCUCGGUGGUUCCUCAUUGCAGGUUACCUUUGAGAACAGAGAGAAUGUGCAUGACCAAUCUACCUUGAAUAUCAGAAUUGGCACAGCCAAUCAUCACCUCAAUGCCUAUUCUCUCGCUGGCUAUGGCCUGAAUGAUGCUUUUGACAAGUCUGUCACACGGAUUUUCAAGAGUCUUCCAGAAGGCACAAAAGUGGAUUCAGUUAAUGGGAACUUAGAACUUAAGCAUCCUUGUCUGCAAUCUGGGUACAAAGAGCGGUAUAUUUGCUCCCAGUGUGCUUCUAAUUUCAACGAAGGUGGGAGCCCUGUUGUUGGGGGCAGGAUUGGCAAAGGAGGUAAACCGGGAAUCUCUCUGCGACUCAUUGGGGCUCCAAAUUGGGUGGAAUGCGAUGCACUUGCAAAAGUUGCUGUUAACCUCUCUGAGUGGUCAAAUCUAAGCCCUGGUUUUGAUUGUGAUUUACAGCCUUGUGCCCUACGGGAAGAUCUACCUCGCCCCUAUGGCAAAUUUUAUGCUAUGUCCGGCUUUUUUGUUGUGUAUCGGUUUUUCAACCUGACUAAAGAUGCCACACUUGAUGAUGUACUGGAAAAGGGAAGAGAGUUCUGUGAAAAAACUUGGGAAACUGCAAAAAGAAGCGUUCCUCCACAACCCUUCAUUGAACAGUACUGCUUCAGGGCACCCUAUAUAGCUUUUUUGUUGAGGGAGGGUUUGCAUAUUACAGAUAAACAAAUCACUAUUGAUUCUGGAAGUAUCACAUGGACACUUGGAGUUGCGCUCCUGGAAGCGGGAAAGGCAUUUCCUUUACAAGCACGACUACAAAGUUACGAAAUACUCCGACUGAAAAUUAAUCCAAUACUUCUGAUCACAAUUUUGUUUAUGUCGUUGUUGAUUCUGAUUUGUGCGCUAUCAUGGGUUUGCAAUUGGAUGCCAAGAUUUUUCCGUAGACCAUACCUUCCACUCUUCAGGCAUAACAGUGCCUCCGCUGCUUCUGUUCUUAAUGUCCCUUCUCCUUUUCGUUUCCAGCGGUGGAGUCCCAUCAACUCAGGGGAUCAACGAGUUAAGACUCCUCUGAGUCCAACGAUUGCGGGUUCUCAACAAGGGCCGUUCGGGAUAGGUCACGGGCUUGGUGGCAGCAGCAUCCAACUAACUGAUACUUCUUCCUUUUAUCCAUCAGCCAGCGGAGUUUCCCACAGUUUUUCCUCGGGUAGCUUGGGGCAGAUGCAUUUUGAUGGUACUGGGACGGGUUCCUUCUGGUCUCCUCACAGGAGUCAGAUGCGUCUACAAAGCAGGAGAUCGCAAUCUCGUGAAGACCUCAAUUCUUCUCUCGCAGAGGCACACACGGUCAAAGUUUAGGGCUUGCUUCCUUGGGAACUCGAUGUAAACCUCCUAUUGGUCGACCUCCCAUUGAACUGGCUUCUCCCGUCCUGCAAGAUCUGAAGUUACGACUCUUCCCUCGACCAGUAGCUUUAUGGAUCAUGAUCAUUCUGAACCUGCUGCCGCCUUCGAUCUUGGCCAUCAGUUAAGAAACUGCACGCAGCCCAAUUGGUCAGGAUGAAUAAUUGGAGAUGAGAUUGAUUGUACGUGUUCAUAUGAGAUUUGGUUCCAUGAUGACUAACCUGGAGUGGGUUUUCCCCUCGUGGGAAAGCAAGCACAGAGAAUUAUAUACGGGAAUUGCGAGGUACGGUUAAAGCUUGACAGAUCUGUCAGUAAAUACCCAUUAGAGUUUUUUUUUUAAUAAUAUUUUUUGGUUCUUUUAGAACUGUAAGAACACACGAUUCAGGAUAUUUAGAACUUAGAAUUGCAAUUCUUGAUUGAAGGCAAUUAUCUAUACGUUUAAUCGAGGAACGAGGCUGAUUGUAGUGCCUCAAACACAGCCAUGUGAGUCGGUCUGUUUUCAGUUUCUUAUAUCAUGUCUUUUCUAUUGGAAUCGAGGCAAUACUUGCUCGAUUAUGCACCA